CCAAAAGCCGGGCGUCAUUUCCCCUUCCUACAUGACACAGUAGCCGGAGCAAGCCGGAGUGCGGCGAGCAUGAAGUGACGGUUAAAUUAUCCACGGCACAUAGGACCGACGGCGUCGGAAACUGGACUGGCUGUAUAAGUUGAACCUCACGUCGCCGACCGAAUUUGGAGUCUCGGUAGUUAGGGACCGACAACCGACAACGACGACAGCGAUAGCUCUCCGCUGGACUUAGGCGCUUGUCGCAUCCAACAUGUACACGCGAAGCAGGCAACAGAACCAGAGCUACAACAACGGACGGAAUCCAAACAAUCCCCAAGGCCAGAGCCAAGGCCAAGGACAAGGACAAGGAUCUUACACGAUACCUUAUAAUACACAAGGAAGUUACCAAGCAUCGCAAUCCACGCCCAUUCAACAAAGCAAUUAUAAACAAGACAACGUACAAAACUCACAAGGAUUCAAAUCACAGCAGCAACAGCAGCAACAGCAACAGCAGCAGCAGCAGCAGCAGCAGCCGCCGCCAGCGCAAAUGCCGGCAGCCGCGUCGGCACGACCUGUACCGACUGUAGCACCUACGCAGCUGAAACAGCUUCAGCAAAAGCCCCAACAACAAUUACAGCAGCAGCAACAGCAAGGGCAGCAGCCAAAGUUGCAAUUACAACAGCUACAAGUGCAGCCGCAGCAGCAACAGCAAAAACUACAACUACUGCAGCAGCAGCAGAUUAGCCAGCACGUCAUGCAACAGCAACUGCAACAACAGUCGCAGCAACAGGCUCCAAAUCCGCAGCGAUUGAAGCCGAUCUUGAAACAGAGUACACCAAUUGCACAGCCGGCUACGGCCGUUGCACAAACUCCACCUGUGACUCCUCAAUCUUGUAUGCCUCCUGCAGCAUCUUCUCCAAGCUCCGUUAAUAAUAAUUCUGAUAUUAUGGAUGAAAAGAACGAAAACAUGGAUGUUGAUUUGCAAGAUGUCCAACCAAGGUGGCGAAGAAAGAUACCUGGAUUUAAAGUAAAUAAAAGAUUAAAGCGCCUUCGUAUGAACCAACGUCUGCGGAAAACUUUACAACCGAAAAAUGCAAUCAUGGUAUUAAAUGAGAUGAAAGCUGGAGUCCAAUUUACAUUCCCGGAAACACAGGGACCCAUGUCAAACUCACUCUAUCUCGUUCAUGCUGAACUUGAUGGUAAAACUUACGUUGGACAAGGAUUAUCUAAACCGCUUGCUCGCCAAAAUGCAGCUGAAAAUGCUUUAAAGGCUUUGCUACUUGAAAAAAUGACGGCGGCAUCUAUGAAAGCACGUAUUGAUGCCGAAUCAGAUGGACAAACUGUUAAUCCACCUAUAGAUGGAAUAAAAGAAGAAAGUAAUGACGAUAGCAUCGCUAUGGACACGAGUACUUCUGAAGAUGAGAUACCAUGGAGUUCAUUGGCCAGUUUUGCACUUUACAAACUUUUUCUUGAAUGGCAUAAUCAGGGAACAUCAGUUCCAGUCCCGCGACCUGGUUUACCAACUACAAAAGGAAUCAAGAAAGAGAGUCCUACUGGUGUUAAACUUCCCGCUCAAAAGGAACUUCCACCUAAUCCUACGAAUAUACAUCCAGUUAUGUUGCUGAAUCAAAUGAGGCCUGGGUUAACAUACGUAGAGCUCAACCGUGUUGGUAACCCACCGAAUACAAUGUUCACUCUGGCUGUUGACAUUGGUGGGGUCGAAUAUUCAGGAACAGCUAAAAACAAGAAAGAUGCCAAGAAAGCGGCAGCUAAAGCAGCACUAUUGGCAUUAUACGACCUGGCGUAUCCUGAGGAUGACAAGCCAAAUUUACUGGCAAUUGGUUAAAAUAAAUAGCUUGUUUAACAUGAUCGAGUCAAAAUAUACACAUAUUUUUUAAAUUUCAUUUUUGUUCACAAAAUAUUGUAUUAAACUGAUUUUCGUGAUUUGCUUACACUGCUAUUAUGAUUUACCUAGGUUGAGUUUUUCUUCUUUUUGCCUAAUUGCAUUUUGCCUUGAUAUUACGUAAUAAAUGUACGAUUGUUAGCACAUGUCAAAAUAUAAAUACAGAUUGAGUCACACAAUUUAAAUAAAUUAAUAAUACCUAAUUUCUUGUGAUGUUAUUUUCUCUGCAUAUAAUUUUGUUUCUUAACAAAAUUAUUUUCGACAAAUUAUGAUAUAAGAAAAAUUAAAGUAUAUUAAUCCUUAAUAUAUUUUAUAUAUACAUAAUUCUUAUAACAUAGGUGUAUACAGGGUACAUAAUUUCUUAUUGGCCAACCGCAAAGUGAUAAUAGAUUGGAUCAAAAUCACCGGAAAGGAAAGUGUACCAUUUGUAAAAUUCGUAUGAGUUAUUGAAUAAUAAACAAAAUCAUCAAAGCGAAUGAACGCAUGAUAAACGGAUAAGCCAAAUUAUGCAAACAUGCAAAAUUGGUUAUUUAUAUCUCCUACUGUCCGAUAGCGAGAGGUGCAGUCACACGUCGAAAAGUGAGAGACGAUUACAUAACUUGAUUGGUCAAUAAGAAAUUAGAUACCAUGUAUAAUAAUUAAUAUGAUACUUUAAAGUACUUUAAAAAAUUGCGUUUGACAUAAAUUAAUGAAUUUGGAGGACAAAAAGUACUAUAACAAGUUUGGUAUUAAGUCAUUUAACUUUCUCUUCUAUAUCACUUUUUUUAAUCAUUAGUCAUGCAAAUACGAUAAUGCUCGUCAGUAAAACGAGAAACAAAAAUAUCUAUUAGAAUUAUAAUUUAUUGUUAUGUAUUUAAAAUGUUCUUUGGUGAACAUAUUUUGAUAUAAUUUUAUUUAAAAUUUAAACAAAGUAUUUCACCCGAAAUUAUUUACGUCACAAUAGCAAAGUGUACUUCACAAUAUAAUAAGCAAAUAACCGAACUAUAAUUUUUAUUAUAAUCAUAUGUUGAUCACUGCAAUAAUAAUGGUUAUAUAAACCAUUGUAUUACAUAGUGUUAAAUAUACUGUUAAGAACACAGUAUUGUAAUGAAUGUAUUGAAUAUUAUGUAUUCAAUAAAAUAUCUUAGCUUUA